AGCGCAAUACCUGGCUCAAACUUGUUGUCCAGUUGUGCCUGACUGAGAAACAAAUUGCGAUGUGCGACAUCGUGUGGAACCUGUUCGACGCAGCCAGUUCGGCCACUGACGCGGCUGCUGAGCUAGUUUGGGACCUGCUUGGGGCUGCCAGCAAUGCCGCUCAGUGGUUGUUUGCCGACAACUCUGAACUGAUGUGUCAGCGCUACACCUUCCGCGAUUUGCUCGACAUCAUGGAGGCUGGCAGCAUCAUGUUGCUAGGGAAGGGUGGCAACAGCGUGGUCAUCCGCGCCGGGCCGUCCAGCCAGAAGGUGGCCAUCAAGGCGACAAGCUCAGAGGAUGCCUUGAAAGAGGUGGAGGUACUGGGCCGCCUACACCACCCGAGCAUCAUUGGUCUCCUGGGAUUUGUGACUGCUAGGCACGAAAGCUUCUUGGUCUACGAGCUGGCAGCAUUGGACCUGUUCCAAGCUCUUCGCGGGCCCAGGUUUGAUUGGCAGCAACGGCUGCGUGUGCUCCAGGAUUGCGUCGCUGGGCUCUGCUAUCUGCACAGCUCCUCCCCGAAGGUUCUUCAUUGCGACAUGAAGUCGACGAAUCUCUUUGUCGACCACUCCGGGAGGGGCAAGAUCGGAGACUUCGGGCUGGCGGUGCGUCUAGAGCCGGACGCAUCCAGCGCAGUCAUGCGGCCAUGUGGGACGCCCGGCUAUGUUGACCCGAGCUUCCUAGCAUCAGGACUCCCAGCUGAUGUGGAGGCAGCAGUAGCCACAUCAGCACUGGUGGGUCCCCCAACGAGG